UAUACUUAUGGGGACAUCGAUCUGUUCACACAGUCACGCCGUGGGGACCUCUGACAGUAUGGGGACCAAAAUCGAGGUCCCCAUGAGGGAAAGUGCUUUAAAUGAAUGCAGGAGUCAAUCUGAAGGUGCCUGUGUGAUUUUUAGCUUUGGCCCAUAAUUCACAAAUUUCUGUUUUUAUUUUCGGGACACACACACACACAGAUUUCUCACUAUCGCCCCCUAGAAUCCCAAGUUGGUAUUGCAACUAAUAGUUCACACACACCACUACCAAAUAUGGUAGGUACCGCCCCUUCCUGGUCCCCAUAAUGUAUGAAUUCACAAACUAAGAACUUUUUUCAGUGUUAAUCAACAAUUAGGCUAUUGGAAACGUUUAUUUGCAAUAGAUGCCAACUACAUUGCUAAGAAGUUGUGCAGAGAAGACGCAAGUUAUAUAUCGCCAUAGGCAGAUUACUUUAGCAUGUUCUAAUUGUGUGCUUGUGUGCACAAAGUAAGUUAGAUAUCAACGAGUUCUCAAUUUAACACAAAACAAGUUCACGUGUACAUUGCAUGUUUUAAAGCGUAUUAAGAAAAAGUAAUGCCUAAUUAGCCUGCGCCAGUGGUUAGGAGUAACCCACAACCACAUUAACUGGUGCUGUAAAUUGAUAAGCCAGUGCAACGGGACAAUGCAAAGUUGUCAGAAACCGAUUUUAUGCAGUGUAUUAUGGCAGAUGCUAGAUUAAAAUAUCAGAUUUUCAAGUACUAGGUGCUGUGUGGUUUCUUUAAUUUAGAUGUAGGCUACUGUGCCGACAUUGUCGUUUAAAAUAUGUUUGCCUACCCUGGCGAUCGUGUCAAACUCUGCCUAUGAAUAUCGCACGCAUGUUUACAAUACAAACAAUGGUUAUGACACAAAAUACUGUAAAAUAAAUAGUCUUCUACAUAUAUCAGGGAUAUUUGUAUUUGCGACAGCAGAAUGGUGCUUUAACCAUGGCUCUUGAUUGCUGGCAACCUGCGCGCUCUCUGACGUGACUGCCUCUUCGGUGGCCGUCCGGGGAGAACGCAUGCAUGUUCGGUUCAAUGUUUACAGCAUUGGCAAUUUUAUUCAAUACAAAAUACAACUUAUAGGAAUUGUAAUUGCUUUAUAAUUAAUUGAGUGUUCGAUUGAAAUAAUAUAUUGCUUGAUAUAGUAAAAUCAAUAAAACAUGACUUCUUAAUAGUGAAUUAGAAUUUAUAGAUAUGGUAUUUUUCCAUAAUAAUAAUAAGAUUAAACAUAUAUUUCCGAUUGUCCAAACAAUACAUUCUUCCAAUGCUAGCAAGGGGCUUGUGACUUUGGCCGUUUGCUUUUAAUGUGAAAUCAGACAGGAAGUCAAAUGUACCUUCAGGUUCAUAUCAACCUCAAUCUAGAAGAAGAGCCUAUUAUCUCUGUGAAACCUUCGAAUUUGAUGCAUAUUAAAGAUUUACCCGGAGCAAGUGGCGUGUUCAGUAAGUAUUCAACCAUUUUCUUGAAAUAUCGUGUAAUAGCAAGAGCUUUAUGCAUCAUGUAGCCGUUUAUUUAAAAUGGUCUGCUUGUUGACUGCUAGCCAAACGCACAUGUAACGUUAGCUAGUUAGCAUUAGCAUCCGCAGCAUUACCAUCCGCAGCCUGGGCUCUGUAGCCGGAGCUCCGGCGACAGUGCACUUUUUCAAGCGUAGAAAAUGCUUAACAUUUCACAAAAUGUAAAUGUGUUAUUCAGCUACCAACUUUGAAUGCAUCUCAUGUAGUAUGAUUUAACUAGAACUGAUAAGAUAAGAUAAAAAGAUAAUAACUUUAUAUCAUCCCAUGCAUGGGAAAUUAACUUGAAGUCAAAUCGAUUUCACUUUUGUAUUUCUCUGCAGUUUGAAAUGCCACCAAGAAUCAGUCCCCUCACAGAUGCCUGUCACCAUGUCGGUUUAAAGACUGACAAAACAUGGAAACUGGAGGUGAAGUACAUCAAUGCAAUAAAAGGGCGUGGGGUGUUCGCCAUAGGUUCAUUCUCCAAAGGAGAUUUUAUAGUGGAAUACAGGGGAGAUUUGAUAAGCGAAGGUGAAGCUCAAAAGAGAAGAAUUUAUAACCCUGCAUGUUCUGGAUUUUUGUACGCGUUCAAGUUGGGAGGCAAAACAUGGUGCAUUGACGCCUCGAAGGAAGAUGGUUCUUUCGGCCGCCUGGUGAACGAUGACCACAGACAUCCCAAUGCCAGGAUGAAGAGAAUAGACAUUGCAGGAAGCACACACCUCUGUCUUUUUGCUCUCAAAGACAUAAAAGAUGGUGAAGAAAUUGCACAUAAUUAUGGAGGAGAGGACUGCCCAUGGCGAAAGCAGAUGACUACAUGUGAACCUGAGACGUCCUGUGUGAGCUCCCAGUCUGUGCUCAUGUCAGAGCCACAGUGGGAUGAAGCUGCCUGGUUAGAGGACACUGGUCAACAGAUGACUACAUGUGAACCUGAGACGUCCUGUGUGAGCUCCCAGUCUGUGCUCAUGUCAGAGCCACAGUGGGAUGAAGCUGCCUGGUUAGAGGACACUGGUCAACAGAUGACUACAUGUGAACCUGAGACGUCCUGUGUGAGCUCCCAGUCUGUGCUCAUGUCAGAGCCACAGUGGGAUGAAGCUGCCUGGUUAGAGGACACUGGUCAACAGAUGACUACAUGUGAACCUGAGACGUCCUGUGUGAGCUCCCAGUCUGUGCUCAUGUCAGAGCCACAGUGGGAUGAAGCUGCCUGGUUAGAGGACACUGGUCAACAGAUGACUACAUGUGAACCUGAGACGUCCUGUGUGAGCUCCCAGUCUGUGCUCAUGUCAGAGCCACAGUGGGAUGAAGCUGCCUGGUUAGAGGACACUGGUCAACAGAUGACUACAUGGGAACCUGACACGCACUGUGUGAGCUCCCAGCCUGUGCUCAUGUCAGAGCCAAAGUGGGAUGAAGCUGCCUGGUUAGAGGACACUGGUCACCAGAAGAGGAAACUGUUGGAGGCACGGAGGGGGAAUCAAAUCCCAGCAAAACAGAGACGCAAACUGCCACCAGCAGAAGAUGGAGCAUCUUCUACAGUCUGUGCUGUGAGCCAUGUUCUUCCAAAGGAAAGGCUCCACUCAAAAGGGAACCAUGGCAGCCAGCAGAGAUAAAGGCCGUCGAGAGGCACAUAAAGGCUUUAAUACAUGCUUGCACUGUGCCAAAAAUGUCUAACUAAACUAAAUCUGU